AUGGUAUUUUUGCUUCGCUGUAAUGGCUGCCUCGCUCUACUCCUGAAUAUUUUUGUAACCCGGUCAUCACUACCACGAAGAACAGUGCUCGCUGUGGCCACUGCUGCUACUUUAUCUAUACUCCUCAAUGUUAUCCUCAUCUUCAAGCUUACACACAAAUAUCCGACCGCCCUGGAUGACUACCAACCCCUAAACACCCAGUCGAUAUUAAACACAACAUUCUUCAUCGCCCCUCCGGAUCCGCAAGAAAAUGCAAUCGUCACGACGCUAUACAGCGACGCAUACGCCGUUGCAGUUGCUACCCUCGGGCACUCUCUGAACAGAGUAAAUAGCACCGCACUACGUAUUCUCUUGUAUAUUCCCGAGAACGUCUCCCCUCGUGCUCUCUGCAUCGCCAGCUCUACCGGGUUUUAUCCACACGCAGUCGAACGAAUACCACCUCCUAAGCGGGGCAUCAGCAGACAUCUCCAAGAUCAGUACACGAAGCUGACAAUGUGGACGCUGGAGGAGGCUGGGAUCAAGGGCAUCGUCUAUCUCGACGCCGACAUGCUCGCUCGGCGGAAUUUUGACGAGCUGUUCAACCUGCCCUUCAACUUUGCCGCUGUUCCGGACGUGUUCCUUGACAGCAGAAGCUUCGCUCUGAAUUUCAAUGCGGCGAUGCUCUUCCUUCGCCCCUCGCCUGGCAUUUUCGAUGACAUGCUAAGCAAGAUAGGAUCAGCGUCAUACAAAUCAGACGAUGCAGAUCAGUCGUUUCUUAACCACUACUAUGGCAAAGAGGCCGUGCGGCUGCCGUAUGUGUAUAACGUCAAUCUGGCGGUCAAGCUUCGUAGCCCAGAGCUGUGGGCGAACCUCAUGCGGGAAGCGCGAAUUGUCCAUUACACGCAGAUCAAGCCGUUCAUCGUGGAGAAGGACUAUUCCGGGAAGGCGCGGCUAGAGAUAGAAUCCGUCGCUGAGAACGUGCGGCAGAAGCUUGGAGAGAACGGGGGCAUGUUCGAUCACGAGAUUUGGGAGUGGCUCAGAAUGUGGCAGGAGACGCUGCGGAUAUAUUCAGAAGAGUUGACGGAGUGUAGGCGGAUAAGUGGAAUAGUAUGA